AUGAACCAGGAGGAGCAGAAGGAACAAGGGAGUAUGACAAGACGAACAGUUACUGAACAGAUUAUGAUGACAGGAAAAACCAUGGACAGCAGUGGCAGACAACUGAUGCACAAUCCCAAACAAAAUAGAAUCUCUGCACCGCCACUCCAGAAGCUACUGGAUAAAGUAAGAGAGCAGGACACAAACUAG